AUGGUGCAAGCAGACGGUCAACUCGGGUCGGUAACACCCGGAAACCCUCCGGAUCCAUCAUUGAUUUGGACUUCACCAUGGAGCGCCGGAUGGAUGGAAACGGCAAGUAAACGGCUCGCGGAGGGUGAUGUUGAGCUGAGGAAGAAGAUCUCGUUAGCCGGGAGAAGCACCACCGUGUAUAUAUAUAUUAAAUUUCUAGAUAAUUAG